CCCCUCGGAACCACCAAUUUUUAAUCAUUAUGAUAAUCAUCCUCCUUUGAAAGCUCCAGAAAGCUCAGACCAUAAUUAAAACACCCCUAAGGUCGGUCUUGUCGGCCGAAGCAACCCCUCAACACUACUGGCAGGUAUUAUUUACUUCGCCUUUCCCCCCCCUCCCCCCAAAAGUCUAAGUCGCAAUACAUUUCCUGGCUCUCUCAACUCUUUAUUUGGCACCACACUAUAUCAGAUCUCAUCUCGUCUCAUUUCAGCUCAGCAUCUAAUCAAUUUAAUCGUCAUCAGGCCACUGAGCCUUCAGGAUCCACAAACAGCGCCCCAGUCACAAAGAAAUCUCGGCAUCCAGUACAUGACCUAGACUCGAGAAUCAUUAGUACACUGCGAUUAAGCGGAAUCUCACACAAACUCCGGUUCCUUGCGACUGCUCCAAGAAGCUUGUACGAAUACGAAUCAACAUCGACUUGGAUGAUUUAACGGGGACUCUUAAACGACUCCAGUUACUUGCGCUUUUAUUCCGCGUCGACUUGAUUACUAUGCGAUAGUUAACGAUGAUGGAUUCCAUGCACCAUGAUACCAAUACUUUUAUGCCCCAGAUUUCUGCACCGCCCAUAAUGAACCUCCCGCCUCAAAUAUUCGGGGCUUACAACGCAGAUGGUUUACCGGUUUCGACAUUACCCGAUUUGAAUGGUCCAAUUUUUGGUGAUGGAACUCUCCUCGAUGAAAGCAAUGAGGCAAAACGGAGGAGGAUAGCGCGGGCUUGUGAUAUGUGCCGGAAGAAGAAGAUUAAGUGCGAUGGAAAGUUACCAGCUUGUACGCAUUGUAUCAACUACAAAACAGAAUGUGUCUUUACACAAGUCGAGAAGAAGAGGAAUCCCCCCAAAGGAGCGAAAUAUAUCGAGGGCCUUGAGAAUCGUCUAGGUCGCAUGGAGAGUUUGUUGAAGCUAUCUGGCCUCCUUAGCGAAGAAGAUGGUGGACGAACGGAUCUGGGAACAUUGGAGAAGAUAUUACAGGAAAAGAAUCAAUCGCGGAGAGCAUCUGCUGUGCCUGCUUCAAGCGCAACGUCUCCGACUCAAAGUACCCCGGGUGGCCCGCCCGAAGCGAAUGGGUCGACCCCUAAGAGUACUAUCGCAUCGCCGGAACCAAAUAAAGAGUCCGAGAAGCGACAUAGCAAAGGCAGUAAAAGUGGAGAGACUGGUGAAAAUGGGGAGCCCGUCGAGGCACUUUCAGAUAUGAUGUGCUCCUUAAUCACAAAUAACUGUGGAGAAACAAGAUAUAUAGGAUCAUCGUCUGGGUUCUCCAUAUUUUCGCCAAAGGGCAUCUCAUGGGUCAAUGAGAAAACAGGCGAUUCAUCCUUCCAAGAGAUGAUAUCUUCUGCUUCCGUGGACGAUAAUAAAAUGAUGUAUUGGAAGCCGGAAGUAUUUUCGGAUUUGUUUGCACGACCAAUAUGGAGGCAGCUUCCUCCCAAAAACGAGUGCGUGUCCUUGCUCAAGGACUUUUUUGAAAAUUUUAAUUGCAUGUUUCCCCUUUUUCACCAACCUACUUUCAUGCAUUUGGUUGAUCGACAAUACUCCAACGAUCCUUAUGAAGGCUCCGGAUGGUGGGCAAGUCUCAACUGUGCCCUUGCCAUUGCUCAUCGUCUCCGCGUCAUGAGUCAUCUCGUGCCACAAGAGGAAGACACAAAAGCUUGGGGCUACCUCAAAAAUGCCAUGGGCGUUUUCACUGAGCUUACGAUGCGGAACACUGAUUUACUCAGCGUGCAAGCUUUGCUGGGAAUGGCUUUGUUCAUGCAGGGCACACCAAAUCCGCAGCCUUCUUUCUUUCUUGUAGCAGCCGCUAUUCGACUUUCACAUAGUAUUGGACUUCACAAACGUGGAUCCGGCUUCAACCUCAAUCCGGUUGAGAUUGAGCAACGCAAACGUGUAUUCUGGAUAGGAUACAUGCUAGACAAAGACAUCUGCUUACGCUCAGGAAGACCCCCUGCACAAGAUGACGAUGAUAUGCAUGUCGAAUUACCGAGUGCUGACCCCGAAGACAACAUUGGCAAUAUCCCUCUAGCCGAUGGAAAAGGGAAAGUUAACCUCUUCCGCUUGAUGUGUGAAUUCUCAACUAUUGAGAGCAAAGUAUACAAGCAGCUUUAUUCGACUAAGGCCUCAAAACAAUCAGAUGGAGAACUUCUGAACACCAUAGGGGAGCUUGAUUCUCAACUUGAAGAAUGGAAAGACAGUAUCCCAGUCGACUUCCGUCCAGAGCACGAGAUCAAGGCUUCGCAUACCCCGUUAAUUCUCCACGUCGUUGUCCUUCAUUUCGCUUACUAUAAUUGCCUCACUACAAUUCACCGAAUGUCUGUUCAUCACGGAUAUUGGACUAGCCGUCUUUCUAAUUACGCUAUUCAAGGCCUGAAUGCUAGACCUCUAAAUCCUCGUGUCUUUUCCUCGGCCGCAUUGUGUGUAUCUGCUGCUCGGGCUUCCAUACAUCUUAUCAAAUAUGUUCCCCAGGGCGACUUCGCUUGUGUUUGGCUCAUUCUCUACUUCCCCGUUUCCGCGCUAGUAACACUCUUCGGUAACAUUCUACAAAAUCCUCAAGAUCCUCGAGCACGCUCUGAUGUUCGUCUCAUGAACCUUGUUGUUAACUUCCUUUCCAUGUUGGGCACUGAGGAAGAAAAUGGAGGUGUAAAACGCAUGCUUGGAGUCUGUUCAGAGUUCGAGAGAAUAGCGAAAGUCGUUUUGGAUAAAGCAGAAAAGGAGACAUCAUCAAGAAGGAAACGAAAGAGUGGCGAUGAUUCGACCAAAGCGUCGCAUAUGCCUAAGCCUAGUCAACCACGAACUCCUAUGAACACUACUCAAUCCCCCAUGCCUGGAGUCUUCUCUCCUAACUCGACGAACCAAAUGAACUUUCAGAACGGGUUUAGCCCCAUGCAAGGAGCUUCUCCGAACUCUAAUUGGCAAUCUGACUUUGGUCCCUCUGGAGGUGAUUUUAUGGGACAAAAUACAGGGACACCAUUUGGGAGUGUUCAAGGCUUUACAAAUGGAAAUGAGUUCAACUCCCCAUUAAAUCCAAAUUCUUUCCAACAACCUUUUGUUCCUCAGGAUCUUUGGCAGAUGCCAAUGACCCUUGAAUGGGACUGGGCAGAAAUGACAGGGGGCGCAUAUCAAAGUUUCGAAAAUGGCGUUAUGGGAGACCCUAAUCUUCAUAUGAACGAUAAUUCACAUCUACAAAAUCAGGGAGGGGGAAUGUAAACCAAGGAUAUUGGCGUUCUCAUAUAGGGAGAUAUCUGGAGAUCAAGGUGUUAUGAUAGUACUGGGCAUAGGAGGGGUUUACAUCUGGCAUAAAUCAAGGGCUCAUAGCAGUCGCUUUGCAUGAUGGUUAUGGCGCUUUCUGGGAGGAUUCGGCUGGCUUGAGGAUGGUUACCUUUAGCUUUAUAAGAGGUUCAUAGGGACGGGUGUAAAUUGGUAUCUCCUCUGAUCCUGUUACUGCAAGGCUACAUUAUGCCAAACCAAUGUAUUUUAAUGACUUGCUUUGAAAUACGCAAAAUAGGCUUGUACUAUUAAUUUUGAGCGACAUGAAUGUAAAAUAAUAAAAGUUAAAUGCUUA